AUACGUGGGGAACCUGUCGAGAGAUGUGACCGAAGCUCUAAUCCUCCAGCUGUUCAGCCAGAUCGGACCAUGCAAAAACUGCAAGAUGAUAAUGGACACAGCUGGAAACGAUCCGUACUGUUUUGUGGAGUUCUAUGAGCACCGGCACGCGGCUGCAGCACUGGCGGCUAUGAAUGGCCGGAAGAUAAUGGGUAAGGAGGUCAAAGUGAACUGGGCGACGACCCCCAGCAGCCAGAAGAAAGACACCAGCAACCAUUUCCAUGUCUUUGUCGGAGACCUCAGUCCAGAAAUUACAACUGAAGAUAUAAAAGCAGCUUUUGCGCCAUUUGGAAGAAUAUCAGACGCGCGUGUGGUCAAGGACAUGGCGACGGGAAAAUCGAAAGGCUAUGGCUUCGUCUCCUUCUUCAAUAAAUGGGACGCGGAGAACGCGAUUCAGCAGAUGGGCGGUCAGUGGCUCGGUGGAAGGCAAAUCAGAACGAACUGGGCGACGAGAAAACCUCCGGCUCCAAAGAGCACAUACGAAUCAAACACCAAACAACUGUCUUACGACGAUGUGGUCAAUCAGUCCAGCCCGAGCAACUGCACUGUGUACUGCGGGGGUGUGACGUCAGGACUCACAGAGCAGCUAAUGCGCCAGACCUUUUCUCCCUUCGGGCAAAUAAUGGAAAUUCGAGUUUUCCCCGAUAAAGGCUACUCCUUUGUACGGUUUAAUUCUCACGAGAGUGCCGCGCAUGCGAUCGUUUCCGUCAACGGGACGACCAUCGAAGGACACGUAGUGAAGUGCUACUGGGGCAAGGAGACGCCAGACAUGAUCAGUCCGGUCCAGCAGAACCAGAUCAGCUACCCACCGCCGUACGGGCAGUGGGGCCAGUGGUACGGCAAUGCCCAGAUCGGCCAGUACGUGCCCAACGGCUGGCAGGUCCCCGCCUACGGGAUGUACGGGCAAGCGUGGAAUCAGCAGGGCUUUAAUCAGACGCAGUCUUCGGCGGCGUGGAUGGGCGCCGGCUACGGCGUGCGUGAGAGGCCCGCCUGAGACCUGCCCCCCCCGCAGGGGCAGAACGGGAGCGUGAUAACCAACCAAACGGGAUACCGCGUGGCAGGCUUCGAAACGCCGUGA